GACCGUGGAGACCUAGUUUUUCCACGUCCUCGGCAGUGGUGGGCAUUACUUGGGGACCCUCUGCGUCUGGGAGCUGCCUUCUCCCCCUGCAGCUUUCGUGGUGGGAAGAGAGAGCCUCGGGGCUCUCUGAGCAGAGAGGGUUUCAGGAGAAGGCGCGUUCUGUUUUCACUCCCAGAUCCAGUGAGCAAGUAGUGCUGAGCAGGCCAGGGGAUAGGGGCUGGAUUGUAACAGGAGUCCUAGAGUCCUGAGCUGGGGGCCUGGCGGCUGGCUGGGCUUGGGUUCCAGAGCUGGGCAGCCCCAGGAGAGACUCUUAGCUGAGGGCCGUCUCAGGGUGCAGAGCCGUGGACCUUUGGUCAGAAUGGAGCUGGGGAUCCGCGCUCACUAAGUGGUCUAGCAUAGCAUUCAGGACUGUAGACGGUGACUGCCUGGGUACAAGGGUGACUUUGGACCUAUCACACUGCAGACCUGUCUCCCCAUCUGUAAAAUGGGCAGGAACAGCAGCACCCAGCUCCGCUGUCACGGCAUGCGGUGCGUGCUCGGGGCUCAGGGGUGGUGGCCCAACAGCCCCGCCCCAGGUGGCCUGGACCCUUGAGAAACAGCAUGUUAAGGGACCCAGUCUUUUCUGAGUACUCAGUCCCCUGUCAGGUGUUCAGGGGUCUGAAGGCUCCUCACCUGUCCCUGCGCAGUCAGCAAGCCCAGAGGUUUGGGAUUGGAGAGAGCUCCAAUGUUCUGACAGUGUUGGUGGCUGGCAGCCACAACCCACUUGGGGCCUGCCAUCCAGGGUCCUGGGAGUCUUGGGCCCUGCAUCAGGGCAGGCUUGGGAGGAAUCUGCCCAGAUAACCUUUGUUUUCGGGCGAGGAGGCCAUGCCUGAAUUAGCUCUGACAGUCUUUCUUCAAGCUCACCUUGCCAGGCGUCCUUUGGGGACACCAGGGAAACACCGCAAGGCAGAAGUGGCCUCGGGACUGUCUUGUUAGCUGCUGGCAAGUGGCUGAAGAAAUGGAAAUUGGAAGGACUGGUCCCCUCCUCUGUGUCCCCACUCUCCCCCGUGGCUCCCCUUCUUUCAAGAAGCAUCUGCGCUCCCUGUUUGUCCAUUCCCCUCUUGCUUGUCAUUGGGAGCCUGGCGGGGAGAGGGAGGGGGCUGCAGUCGUGAGGCUUCCCAUCCUGGGACCUGGAUCUGUUCCUCCAGUCACUGUGGAGAUCACCUGCAGGCAUCCCAGGGGCCUGAGAGGGAGAGAAGAGAGGUCCUAACUACACUAUUAAUUCCUACCCCCAGCAGAAGUGGCGUGCUGGAAAACAAGGUAUUGAGAGAGCCCCCCCAUAGUUUCAGGUCCCCUCAGACUGGGCUCCCUCAGGUUCACUGUGCCGGGUCCCGGGUCUGGCUGCCCUCCUGUGGCAUUGAGCUGAGGCUGAUGCUGGGGGGCUUGAGCAAAGAGGGAGGAGCCCCCUCCCCUCGUUCUGUUCACACCCCUCUUCUGUCUGGAAGCCUUGGCUGGCCCCUCCCUUCGGGACUCAGCCCUUGCUCCUCCCUUGGGGUGGAGGGUGGUUCCGGCCUUCUGGGGCCUCCAGACUUCCUGCUACCUGCUAGGUCCCCACACUCCAGCGGCAGGUCUGGGAGGUCCCCCAUCCCACACGUCUUUCUGCCAGGAUGCCCUGCCUCCCCCGGUCUCCACCUGGGAAGCUGUUCCUGGCCUUCAUCCUUCCGAAUCCUUGAGACCUGGGACCCCCCAACAACUGGACCCAAGCGCUGGCAGACUCCUCCUCCUCUUGACCUUAACUGCAGGAGGCGCUUCCCGAGGCAGGGCCAUGCUCACGUUCAUGGCCUCUGACAGUGAGGAGGAAGUGUGUGACGAGAGGACGUCCCUGAUGUCGGCAGAGAGCCCCCCUCCGCGCUGCUGCGAGGAGGCCCGGCAGGGCCUGGAGGACAGAGAGAGCGCUGCCCAGUGGUGCCCUGCCGUCCCAGCCCUGCAGCAUCUAGACCGCAGCCCCCUAGGCUGGUUCUUCCGUCUGGAAAGCAACACUCAAACUGCACUCUUCCAGUUCCAAAAUACCCGUGCCCGGCACCGCAGAGCCCACCACGGGGGCGUGCCAUGGCCCUCACCGAGCGGUUUUCCGCAGAGAAGCCAGGAUAGCGAGGAGGACCUCGACGAGGAUGCAGACCGCUACAUGUGCAGUGGGGUCCCCGGGCAGCCAUCGGGCCUGGAGGAGGAGCUGACCCUCAAAUAUGGGGCAAAGCACGUGAUCAUGCUGUUUGUGCCUGUGACGCUUUGCAUGGUUGUGGUGGUGGCUACCAUCAAGUCCGUGCGCUUCUACACAGAGAAGAACGGCCAGCUGCCCUAUGGAGCAGGCAGGGAGCAGAGUCUGCAGCCCGCCAUCUCCCUCAGCAUCUACACACCAUUCACCGAGGACACGCCCUCUGUGGGCCAGCGCCUGCUCAACUCUGUCCUCAACACCCUCAUCAUGAUCAGUGUCAUCGUGGCCAUGACCAUCUUCCUGGUCGUGCUCUACAAGUACCGCUGCUACAAGUUCAUCCAUGGCUGGUUGAUCAUGUCCUCCCUGAUGCUGCUGUUUCUCUUCACCUACAUCUACCUCGGGGAAGUGCUCAAGACCUAUAACGUGGCCAUGGACUACCCCACCCUGUUCCUAACUGUCUGGAACUUUGGGGCGGUGGGCAUGGUAUGCAUCCACUGGAAAGGCCCCCUCGUGCUGCAGCAGGCCUACCUCAUCAUGAUCAGUGCGCUCAUGGCCUUGGUGUUCAUCAAGUACCUCCCAGAAUGGUCUGCCUGGGUCAUUCUGGGCGCCAUCUCUGUGUACGAUCUCGUGGCUGUGCUGUGCCCCAAAGGGCCACUGAGGAUGCUGGUGGAGACCGCCCAGGAGAGGAACGAGCCCAUAUUUCCUGCCCUGAUAUACUCCUCCGCCAUGGUGUGGACGGUGGGCAUGGCCAAGCUGGACCCCUCCUCCCAGGGAGCCCUUCAGCUGCCCUACGACCCUGAGAUGGAAGAGGACUCCUAUGACAGUUUUGGGGAGCCCUCGUACCCGGAAGUCUUUGAGCCCCCCCUGCCUGGUUACCCAGGGGACGAGCUGGAGGAAGAGGAGGAAAGGGGCGUGAAGCUCGGCCUGGGGGACUUCAUCUUCUAUAGCGUGCUGGUGGGCAAGGCAGCGGCCACGGGCAGCGGGGACUGGAACACCACGCUGGCAUGCUUCGUGGCCAUCCUCAUUGGUUUGUGUCUGACCCUCCUGCUGCUUGCUGUGUUCAAGAAGGCGCUGCCCGCCCUCCCCAUCUCCAUCACAUUUGGGCUCAUCUUCUACUUCUCCACCGACAACCUGGUGCGUCCGUUCAUGGACACCUUGGCUUCUCAUCAGCUCUACAUCUGACGGGGCCGGCAGCCAUGGGAAGCUGUCGUGGGGGCCCUCACGUAGUUCUACACUCUAGUGCCAUAUAUUUUUAAGACUUUUCUUUCCUUAAAAAAAAGAAAAAGAAAAAAAAGUGUCGUGUUUACUUGGCGAAGAGGAAGAACCAACUUUCUGGUGCUAGUGGUUUUGUCACCUGACCAUGGCUCACUGUCUGGAAGCACCGGGAGUUGGUCCGGACGCGCCCUGGACCGCUGGGCCACGUGGGGAGGGUGUGGCGAGGUCGCCCACCCCAUGCCACAGCCCAGGAUGCUUCGAGAGCCAAGGCAAAGGAAGGGACCAGGAGCUCGUGCUCGGGAUGGCACCUAGCACCUGCCUACUCUGGCAGGAGAAGAAAGCCAGUUUGCCCUGAGUGUAAUGUCCCCAACGCUUUGUCUGUGAAGUCAUCGUUAUUUUACUACCUUUAGAAACCGAGUCCUGUUCUUGUUACAGCAGUUACUGCUGGGAAGUGGCUUAAUAUCAAUAAAUAGGUGAAUCUUCCUGGAA